UGAAUGAAAUUUACUUUAUGUUUGUGAACACAAUGAACUACUUGAUUUAUUUUGGAACGCUUUCGAACCGGUGUUUCGCUGUAUUGAAGUGCUGACGUUGAAAAUUGAAAUCGAGGCGAUUGAUGAUGAUUUUGGUUAAAAUUUUCUGAUGUAAGAUUUAAUUAGUUGACCUAUUAUAUACGAAAUAUCUGUAUACUUUGAUCAUUGAUAUCAAAAUAUAAUAAUGCAUACUGUUUUUACACGGGCCAAUGCUAUUCUAGCAUAUACUUUGAGUGUUUCGGCGUGUUUAACAUUUUGUUGUUUUCUUUCUACUGUAUUUAUUGAUUACAGAGCAAAUGCAACUUUAAAUACUGUAAAAGUAGUCGUAAAAAAUGUAGCAGAUUAUAGUGCUUCAAGAGAAAAAAAUGACUUGGGAUAUUUAACAUUUGAUUUAAAAACUGAUCUGACUCCGUUAUUUAAUUGGAAUGUUAAGCAGUUAUUUUUAUAUCUCACAGCAGAAUAUCAAACAGAGAAUAAUGAUUUUAAUCAGGUAGUGUUAUGGGAUAAAAUAGUACUUCGUGGGGAUAAAACAGUAUUUAAUUUUAAAAACAUGAAUACAAAAUAUUAUUUUUGGGAUGAUGGCAAUGGUUUAAGGGGUAAUAAGAAUGUAACAUUAACAUUGUCGUGGAAUAUUAUUCCAAAUGCUGGACUUUUACCAAGUGUUAAUGCCUUUGGCUCUCAUACUUUCGCAUUUCCAUCUGAAUAUACCUCAUUACGUGUAUAAUGUACAUUUUUGUAUAUGCGAUACGUCCAUAUUCAUUGCUUUGUAAAAUUUCUAUUUACUUUACAUAAAAUCAAUAUAU